CGUGUCCUGAAAGGGAUAAGAAAAAGAAGAGGAAGCGAACCCGCUUCUCUCUGACAGCAGGAGCAUGGCUUCCGCUCCGUCCGCCCUCUCCCUCAGUCGCUUCCUUCAGCACCACCAGAGUCCUUCGUCCUCGUCCACCUCUGCCUUCCUCCGCGGCACCAAUGCCCUCAUCCUCCCUCCUCCCAGGCCUCUCAGAUGGGGUGCUCGGUCGUCCCGCAUUCGCGCCGUCUCCGCCGAGUCCACUGUCCAAGCGUCUCCCAAUGGAGCGGCCUUGCCACCAACCGAGGGCCUCGAUGCCACUCUUUAUGGCCGCCAAUUCUUUCCUCUCGCCGCCGUCGUCGGCCAGGAUGCGAUAAAGACCGCUUUGCUGCUUGGUGCUAUCGAUCGCGAGAUCGGCGGAAUUGCAAUCUCCGGGAAGCGAGGGACGGCGAAGACGGUGAUGGCCAGAGGGUUGCAUGCCAUACUCCCGCCUAUCGAGGUGGUCGUCGGUUCCAUAUCCAACGCGGACCCACUGUGCCCUGAAGAGUGGGAAGAUGGUUUAGCUAGCAGACUACAGUAUGAUGCUGAUGGCAACGUUAAAACUCAAGUAGUUAGGUCUCCUUUCAUUCAGAUCCCGCUGGGUGUAACAGAAGACAGACUUAUUGGUUCUGUUGAUGUUGAAGAAUCUGUUAAAACGGGAACGACUGUCUUCCAGCCAGGACUACUCGCUGAAGCUCACAGAGGUGUCCUAUAUGUUGAUGAGAUAAAUCUAUUGGAUGAAGGGAUUAGCAAUUUGCUGUUGAAUGUUUUGACAGAAGGAGUUAAUAUUGUGGAGCGUGAAGGUAUAAGUUUCCGCCAUCCAUGCAAACCACUUCUAAUUGCUACCUACAACCCAGAGGAAGGUGCUGUACGAGAACAUUUACUGGACAGAAUUGCAAUCAACUUAAGUGCAGAUCUUCCAAUGAGUUUUGAUGAUCGUAUUGCAGCUGUCGAUGUAGCAACCAAAUUUCAGGAGUCCAGUGAGGGUGUCUUCCAAAUGGUUCAGGAAGAAACAGAGUUUGCAAAAACACAGAUAAUUCUGGCCAGGGAGUAUUUAAAAGAUGUGGCCGUCAGUCGGGACCAAAUGAAGUAUCUCGUUAUCGAGGCUCUAAGAGGUGGUUGUCAGGGGCACAGACCUGAAAUCUUUGCAGCCCGAGUUGCAAAGUGUUUGGCAGCUUUAGAGGGACGUGAAAAGGUCAAUGUGGAUGACCUCAAGAAGGCAGUUGAGCUGGUUAUUUUACCUCGUUCCAUCAUCAGUGAAAGCCCAAAUGAUCAGCAAAACCAACCCCCACCUCCUCCCCCACCUCCUCCUCCACAGAAUCAAGAUUCUUCAGAAGACCAAGAUGAAGAGGAAGACCAAGAGGAGGAUGAUGACCAAGAAAAUGAGCAGCAGGAAGAACAGAUACCUGAUGAAUUUAUUUUUGAUGCUGAAGGAGGUCUGGUAGAUGAAAAGCUCCUCUUUUUUGCUCAACAAGCUCAGAGACGGCGUGGAAGAGCUGGAAGAGCAAAGAAUGUAAUAUUUUCUGAAGACAGAGGUCGCUACAUUAAGCCAAUGCUUCCAAAGGGACCUGUGAGAAGAUUAGCUGUUGAUGCAACCCUUAGGGCUGCUGCACCUUAUCAGAAGCUGCGGAGGCAAAAGAGCGUUGAAGAGAAUAAGAGGGUGUUUGUGGAGAAAGCCGACAUGCGUGCUAAAAGAAUGGCUAGAAAGGCUGGAGCAUUGGUUAUAUUUGUAGUUGAUGCUAGUGGGAGUAUGGCAUUAAAUCGUAUGCAAAAUGCGAAAGGUGCAGCACUAAAAUUGCUUGCUGAGAGCUAUACAAGCAGAGAUCAGGUUGCCAUCAUCCCUUUCCGAGGUGAUUCAGCUGAUGUGCUUCUUCCUCCUUCACGUUCUAUUGCUAUGGCAAGAAAGCGCCUUGAGAGGCUUCCUUGUGGUGGAGGUUCCCCAUUAGCUCAUGGUCUUAGCACGGCUGUUAGGGUGGGGUUGAAUGCUGAAAAAAGUGGUGAUGUUGGACGAGUCAUGAUAGUAGCAAUUACUGAUGGAAGAGCCAAUGUCUCACUGAAGAGGUCUACUGAUCCUGAAGUCGCUGCAUCUCCAGAUGCCCCUAAGCCUUCAGCACAGGAACUGAAGGAUGAGAUUUUGGAUGUAGCUGGCAAAAUCUUCAAAGCAGGUAUGUCACUUCUGGUAAUUGACACGGAGAACAAGUUUGUGUCGACGGGAUUUGCAAAGGAGAUCGCUAGAGUUGCUCAAGGAAAAUACUAUUACUUGCCAAACGCCUCAGAUGCUGUCAUAUCUGCAACAACCAAGGAAGCACUGAGUGCCCUGAAGAACUCUUGAUCCUUCAAUUUCAACAUGUAACAAUCUUGUGAUGUCAAUUUUUUGUUUAUUUGUGUUUAUAUUGCAAUUAUGUAAUCUCUGUUGGAUUUUGCUGUCUCCAACGCCUUGUAUACCAGGAUCUUUGUGGAAAUGGAAUGCUGAUUGGAAUUUUCCUUGGUUUA